AUGAUGCGGCUAAAAUGCGACACACUUCAGACCGAAAAUGAUCAACUAAGGCUGAGAAAGACGGCGGCUUCAGAACAGAACAGAGAGUUGAAGGAGGAUCUUAGCGAGAAGGAUGUACACAUUGAAAAAUUGAAAUCAGAAAAUGAGAAAAUUGCAGAGAGGGAGAGAGUGGCUGUCAAAAAAUGCAAAGAGCUAGAAGCUAGAGUAAGGAAGCUCAGUGACAUACACUACGACACCACCUUGGAGCUCGAUCAUGCAUUCCAAGUCAUUCUGGACAGUAAGGAAGUGAGUGAAGAGUUUAAAAAGGAAGUCAGCGUGUUGAAAGUGGAGGUUGAAAAAAUUAAGAAUGCUACAUGGCCCUAA